AUGUAUUUUUUGUGGUUUCUGUUCAUUUUCUCUUACCUCUUUGGAGACAUUUCAUCCAGAAAAGGUUCCUACUACCAGAAUUACGAAGAGACUUCAUCAAAAAAUUCUAAUACGAGACUAGAUUUGGAUUUGGAUGCCGCUAUCAGAAGAUUCUCGAAAGCCAUCACGUUCGAAACGGUGUCGAUGGAUCCGGGUGUAUCGAACGUGACCGAACUCACCAAAUUUAAAAAACAUCUGGAAGCAUCUUAUCCAUUGAUUCAUUCUACCCCCUGGAUAGAAAGGACGAUCGUGGGUAGCUUGAGCAUAGUAUACACUAUAAAAUCAUUGAACCAUGAUAAAAAUGAUUUUACCAAGAAGCCGUGGAUAUUGCAAUCUCACCAGGACGUGGCGCCCGUCUUUGAUCUUCACAAAUGGGAUGCCCCUCCGUUUAGCGGGCAAGUUUUAUUCAAACCCGAACGUAUGCACAAGGUACUUUAUGAUCCGAAGACUAACAAGAGGAAUAUCAAAUUUACCAUAGACGAUGCGAAUAACGAGAAAUACUAUGUUUACGGGAGGGGAACCGCGGACGCUAAACAUAUCGUGAUGUCAAUCAUGGAGGCCGUCGAAUACAUGAUUGGAAAAGGGCUGAGACCCAUCCACAAAACGCUGAUCCUGAGUUUUGGGCAUGACGAGGAAGUCGGAGGAUUUUACGGCGCUAGAAAAGUGGCGCACCUCAUAGUGAACACUUACCCGUACCCGCCUAACGGGGGAAAACCUAUCGACUUCAUACUGGACGAAGGUUUUACCAUUGUUAAAGAUGUUCUUCCUCAAAAUAAGAAGAUGGCUCUAGUUAGCGUGUCGGAAAAGUACGUGAUGGAUGUCAAUAUGAGCGUGGUAACCCCUGGGGGUCACUCCAGCCUUCCUACCAAAGAAAACGCCAUAUCGAUAUUAUCGAACGCCGUGGUCAACAUUGAUACAAAUCAAUUUGCCUCUUAUCUCGCUAAACCGGGAACCCCCGACGCGGAACUGUUAAGACGCAUAGCGUACUUAUUUCCGCAACCCUAUAGACUGUACAUGGAACACGCUACCUUAUACAGAGAUAAAUUAAUAAAUAUGACAUGGGACAAUGAUCUAAUAAACGCUUUAACCAGAACCACCGAAGCGGUGACGCUCUUUAAUGGCGGAAUCAAAUAUAACGUUAUACCCAAUUACGCAGAAUCCAAUGUUAAUUACCGAGUUCAUCCAUUGCAAGAACCGGAAGAAGUUCUAGAAUAUGCUGCUCACACAAUAAAUGAUCCACGAGUAAAUAUACAAUUGGAUACUAUGUCUCCGCGAAGCCCCAUCUCCGAUUACGACACCGAUGCUUUCAGGAUAAUCGAAUCGACCAUUCAUGAUAUGUUCAAUGAAACUAUAGUUGUACCAACGAUUUUGGUUGGAGGCACAGAUUCCAAGCAUUUUGCCAACAUCGUCGACAAUGCGUAUAGAUUCUCUCCUCUGACGAUAGUCAUGGACGAUAUGUCAAGAAUACACGGUAUCAAUGAACGCAUUUCCGUCGCGGAUUUUUAUAACUGCGUGAAAUAUUAUUUCAACUUGAUCGAAAAAGUAUCCGGAUUCAAGAUGGUCUCUAAUUAA